ACAUCUCUUUUAUUCUUGCGUUUUCUUACAUUGAUUUUAUCAUGACUGAAACAAUUCUUAUAUUCUAGUACUCAUUUAUAUACUCAGAUAUGUCCAACAAAGUAAACAAGGCAUCUGACAAAAUGUUACCAUGGCAAGUUAUUGGAGAUGCAAAGAAAAGGAGGCUUCAGAUGAGUUAUCUCAUUGACGAGAAAACACUCGUGUACUAUCCUUCGGUUGCUAGAUAUAGGAGAGAAGUCCAUUUCAAGGGGAUCUCCAAACAUGACCAACCUGAUGGUUCGAAGACAUGGUUUGAGGAGUGGAACUACAACACUUCGGAACAUGUGGGAACUCAUAUUGAUGCACCAAUUCACUUCGGGAAAAAUGGACCUGGAAAUCGAUGGUACAUCGAAGACAUCCCGUUUGAAAGAUUCAUUGGUCCCGCUGUAGUUGUUGAUGUGUCCGAUAAAGCAGACAUUGAUACAAAUGUGGAUUAUGGUGCAACGAUCGAAGACAUUCAGGAAUACGAACGCCAAUUUGGGGCGAUACCUUCAGGUGCAAUUUUACUUAUUCACACAGGAUGGGGGAAAUACUGGGGCGACCA